AUGCUUACCACAACAGUUUCAUUAACUCUCACGUCAGUCAUUCUUCUUGCGUUAGUCAUAAUAUUCAACACUGUUCAUGAUCCAUUAUCAGCUUCGAUAGGGUUUUCGAUACUUGGCUGUGCGAUAACAUGGCGGCUUGUUCCCGUGUUAAAUGAUAGUUUUUUAAAAGCAAAUUUGGCUGGAAAAGACUUGAAUAAGCUUGACAAACAGAUCAUUCCAGAAAGCAUGGGUGUUGUAUGUGCGACGGUUUACCUAGUAUGCUUGUUCUUAUUUAUUCCCUUUCCAUUCAUGGAAUGGUUUACAGGUAAAGGUAUUAUCUCGCAUACAGAAGAAUUUCAAAAGCCAACUUUUCCUCAUCAUAAGUUGGGAGAAUUCUUAUCUGCACUGUUGUCUCUACAAUCAAUGACCUUUCUUGGUUUUGCUGAUGAUGUCUUUGAUAUUCGAUGGAGAGACCCAUAUAAUUAUGCCAAUACCGCUACGGUUUCUGUUUGGACGGUUUGUAGACUUGGCAUGGUAGCCGUUUUUUGUACAAAUUCCAUUAAUAUUCUAGCUGGUAUUAAUGGAGUAGAAAUCGGACAAUCAUUAGUUAUCGCGUGCUCAAUUGCAUUCAAUGAUUAUCUUUUCUUGAACGGAACUGAUCCUGCCGUUGAAGCACAUUUAUUUUCGUUAUACUUUAUUCUUCCUUUCAUUGGGGUUUCGCUAGGGCUAAUGAUGCACAAUUGGUAUCCAUCACGUGUCUUUGUUGGAGACACGUAUUGUUACUUUGCUGGAAUGACGUUCACAGUAGUAGGAAUACUUGCACAUUUCAAUUGUCCACGACAUCGUAUGCCACGAUUCAAUCCGACAACGCAGAAAUUAGAUUAUAGUAGAGCUCGUUUGCAAAAACCAUUAGGAGUCUCGGCACUUGUUAUUCUCAAAAUUUUUUCAUCACUCAGUCUUGUUGAAAUAACUGAAUUAGAAAAUAGCAUUGAAGUUAACAAUUUUACUUUAUUGAAUUUAUUAUUAUUAAAAUUUGGCUCAAUGAAUGAACGAACAUUAACCAUAAAAAGGAACAAUGAUUAA